AGUACCAGCUCAUGAAAUCACUCCAUUCUUCAGUUUAUGGUAAAUCUGUUUCUCUGUGAAUGUGGUGGUUCGACCAAUCAGCUUUUACGUUGUGAUCAAAUAAAGCCGUUUAUUUCGUUCUUGAAAACAAUCAAAAAUAGGUCCGUUGUGGGGAUGCCUGUUGCUCUCCAAAGCUUAUGCUCUUUUCUCCUGAUGCUAUAUGUCGUGUCCGUGCUCUCUGUAUGUGACGUGCGUGUAAGAACAGUAGAUUUUGGAUGUCACCUUGACUGGGAGUGCCCUGAUGCCACCCCACACACAACUUACACUGUCCAGAGCAAAGCGAACGGGGCAUCGUGGAAAAAGGUUUCAGACUGCAUCCAGAUCUCCAGACACAACUGUGAUUUGUCAAACGUCUUCACGAACUUGCACUCCUUCAACUACAUUAGACUGAGCUCAGAAGGGCUUCAUGACUGGAUGAGUGAAGCGCAAUUAUGUGACGCAAUGAAUGGCGGUGCUGCCACAUUUAGUCCUCCAUCCAUUAACAUUUCAACGGAGAAUGGAAGCCUCUGGGUGACGUUAAAUUUUCCUUGUGCUCCAUCCAUAAGCUGCAGAUUUAAGGGGGAAGAGAGUGAGGAAGAGAUGGAUACGCUUUGCCCCUGCCACUUAUCUGAGUUUACAACCCUCUCAGUUACAGUUGUGCUAUACAACAAACAUAAACCAUCAGACAAACAGAUACGCUCUGCUCAAGUGAUGGAUGAAAAGCCGUUCAGGGAAGAAUUUGGGUUUGUCCUAUCAGGGCAAGUGUACUGCGUUGUGGCCAACUUCACAUCUGAAUUUGAAGCAUCUUCUCUCCCCAGUCCUCCACAGUGUAUUUCUAUACCAGCAAAGAUCGAGAGCCUCGCCGUUGUGAUUGUAUGUGCUGUUCUCAUCGUUCUUGGCCUAGUUUUUAUUCUGCUCUGGAGACAGUGCUCAUCUCCUGAACGCCCUCUGCCCAAAUCUUUGGCGUUACUUUAUGACCAGGAAAUUCAGAAUGAGACAUUUAUUGACUCCAGCAAGACUGCAUCAGACCGGCUGAGCUCUGAGAGUGACAGGAUUUCUGUUGUGUCCCUCGCUGUCUUUACACACAUGGACAACCAGUCAUACUACCACAGCUCUCAAAGUCUGGGCAACGGCUAUUACAGAAGCCCCAUCCUACAUGACCCCGGCUCCACUGAGGAGUCUUCAGGAGGCUUGCAUGUGGAGUCCGGAGGCUUGGAAACAGAUGGAAGCCAUAGUUUUGAACUUCUCCAGACAGCCCAUCUGAUUCUGGAAAGAUGUCCUCAUCUGGAUGAGUGUGAUAAAAUCCUCAACAUUCCUCUGAGCUCAGUGCGAGUGAAACGCACUGAAGAGACAACAACUGAUGUCCCAGAACAGUUUGAGGACCAGGUAGAAGAGGAGAGCUGGUUUUAAGGCUUAUUGUGCCUUUGAAGAAUAUUUGCCCUUGGGAUAACGUGCUUACUUCAAAUACAUCCACUGCAAGUUGCCAAGACACUUGCAUUUGCUUGGUGCAUGAUUUCGACCACCUGCUCCAGUGUUAAUAUUUACAUAAUUAAUUGAAUCUCAAAAUUCGGCCUCUAUUAUUGUAAAUAUUCGUUUUAUAACCUUGAUUUUUUACUUGACCCUUUACUGUUGAGCUAUACAUAUUGUCACGUUAUGCACGUUUCUCAUGUAUCUGGUCAAAAGCCACCAGCCUUUUUAGCUGUCAUUAUCGCUGCCCUCCACAUUUCAUGUGCUAGUGUUUGGGCUACCCCCUACAGCUCGUGACUCACUCGGCAGAGCACUAUAAAUCUUUCCUUUGUUUUACACCCUAUCAACUGAAGUGUACUUUUUGGGUAGUUAUGGGUACGGUAUGACCUCUGUGUGGCUUGAUUCAUUGUUUUCCUUUUUUCUCCAUCUUUUUAGUCUCUGACUCAGUUGGCCCAUUUUGACUCUUAUUUUCUGUGGACCGUGUCUCACAGUUAAUCACACUAAGGCGCUCAAUUUUGCUGAUGUUGCUAAACUAACUGGAACAUUUGUGGAAAUGCUCCCAAAAAGCAAGUGUAAUGCUAGGGUCUGGAAAAUGUAGUUUAGGAUGUAUGUUAAGUUUGUGUGUGUGUGUACAUCCAGAUGACGUUAACGUGCAUCGUCUUUAAAAUGGGUCUUAUUGGUUUUACUGAAUUUUGGUGUUAUAACUGUAAAUGGAAAUGUGCAAAUAAGUAGUUUGAAACUGGGAAAUUUGUUCUGUGACUACUUGAUUUUUCCUGAACCCUAAACCGUUUGACGCCUCCAAACUGAUUUCUAAAACUCGGUUAUUUCUGCCAUCUGAAUUUACAUGUGACAUGUGUUUUAAAUGUCAAGUUUCUUGUUGACCAAACGUAGCAGAGCGGAAAACAAGUCUGCAUGGGUUAUGAUCGGUUUAAUAAACCACAGCCCACAAUUCUGAAAAACAACAAGCAUAUAUAUGUGCACAGGUCUGUAAGUUUUGAAAAAAAAGUCAACAUGUACUGCAUAUGACAUGUACCAAAAAAUUGCCUUCGAAUUAUAAAAGCACAACUAUUGAAUCAUUUUUGUGAAAGAAUUAUAAGAAUGAAUGCCUUUGUAAUUAUAUCAAUGCUAAACCUUGGUGUGGGUCUGAAACUAUUUCAUGUUCCAAAAAUAAUUCUGUGAUACUUUUUAAACUAUGUAUAAUGUCAACAUUUCAUUUUAGGGCAUUGGCAAAAUUCUAUAGAUAGGAUGUUUAAUAAAGUUGUGUGAGAAUGAUCCUUAUAGGAAGGUGUGACUCACUCGCUGACUCACUCUGCACAUAAAGACGCUCAGGACCUCAUCCAAUGAAACC